CAAACAAAAAAAUUCAAAAAAUUCGAAAUAAUUUUAAAAAUCUUAUUUUAGCAUUUAGUUAACACACAGAAAUUAAAUUAUUAAGUAUUGAAAAUAAUUGGGCUAUGUUUGCCAGCCAAGCAGCCAGCAGCAGCGAUAUGAAGAUAUUUGCCACAAAUGUUGCUGCCGUUGAUGCCGGCGCGAUAACAGCCACCACAGCAACAUUAGCACAACAACAACAACAGCAACAACAACAACAGCAGCAGCAACAACAACAACAACAAAGAGAAUUCCGUCAACGUUAUUCAAACGGAUCAUCGCCCGCAUCUAAAACGAAUCAGGUGACUGUAAAAUUUAAUAAAUAUAACAAUAAGACAGCAAAUUUAUUGCGUCAAGUGACCAAAUUUCAUAAUAACGGUAAUGGCAACACUGCGGAAAAUAAGAAUAUGCGUUCACAGCAGCAGCAACAACAACAAAUGCAAUACACUAGCAGCAAUAAUAACAAUAACAAC